UAAAAUGGCGCGUGGUUUGAAGUUUACAGAGAAUUAAUUCUGCAAACGUUUCCUGCCAACUAAGGUCACUUGGUAGAUUGUAAUUUAGUUUGAACAAGGGAUGGUUCCAUCAGAUUUCUCCGAACCUCCUCGUUCGGAAAUUUCUAAAGUAAAAUGGUUUACAGAAGGGGAGUUUUGGUGGAGGACGUUUGCUGCAGUCACAUGGUUGAUGAUUUUCCUUCCACAUGCACUGUUAUUCUCCUCAUCAGUAGCAUCUGUAGAUUUUUUUCAUCCAUUUAACUGGAUUUCAGGUUGCUUAUCACUGGUUUUAAGCUUUCCAUUUUGGAUAUUUACUUGUUUUUAUGGAGCCAUCAGUAUUGUAGUGAUGCUGUCAAAUUCCAAGUUCAACACCGUUAAAGAUGUUACACAUCAGACUCAAAUGUCAGCCUUGUUAUUUCCCCUUCACCCAGCAAGAAUGUUUCACAUUUUUUUGUUCACAUUGUGUGGGAGCCUUUCUGCCUGGUCUUUCCAAGGAAUUAUUGGUGACAGUGAGGAUACUUUAACCAGAUUAUGCGAAAUAUCAGAAGAAUAUUGUUUAAAUGAGCAUCUUGUGUUUGGCAUUCUUUUUGGAGCCUGGUUGGGUUUUUAUACAAGUCUGAACUACUUCUUGAGAAAGGAAUUCCAUUUUGUAUUUCCUCAAGUUCAGCAGCAAAAGGUCUUUUUCCGGAUAAAGAUGUCAGUAGGACCAUGUGUAAAACAGAGUAUCAUUGUCUGCUUAAAGGCAUGUGGAUGGUACUAUCUUUUGUAUUACUUUUUAGGUAAUAUUCCAAGAGAUGCUAUAGCCAAUGUCCUGGAUAUCUCUUUGGACAGAAAUGUGACACCUCUCAACUCCAUAUCAGGCCUUCUGGACUUUUUCCAGUUUUGGCGCCUUGUGACAACUGGGUCAUUAAUUUUGUUUGUUUGGACCUUUGGUAACAAACUUCUUGUCCUUUUCCAAACACAGAUAUACAGAUUCCCAGUGGAGUAUUCACUUAGUUAUCAACAGGACCAAAGUCUUUGUGUUGUGAUCAAGAAUAAAACAAUCCCGUUAUUAAAGUAUCUUGCUUUUUUUGACCUGGUACAUUUGUCUCAGUUCAGCUUGACAAGAAGAAAGCAGAUUUUCUCUCUUAGCCAACCAAGUGGUCGGCCAGACAAUUGGACAAAUAUAUUCACAGAAUGUCUGUCUUUGAUUGAAUCUCUCACUCACAAACUGUCAGGGGAGGUUUCUUUACAAACUCAUCUUCAACAACCUGUGUUGGACCCUAAAGUGCUUGGCCCAGCUCUUAUCAAUGGACACACUAAUGGACACACAGGGCAAAGCUCUCCUUUGUUAUCCAGUCCAUACCAAUCACCGUUAAGUGUGACAAGGAGACAGCAGUCUCUGUCAUCACCAGGAACAAUUCACCUUUGGUCUGACAAAACUGGAAACACACGAAAGAUACCUCCUCCCAGUACUGAGAAUGGUGUUGGUGUCAUCAAUGGUUUUAGAGGCAGAAUGACUGAAAAGGUGGACAGUUCUGUCUCAAAGAUUAACCAGAUUCCCCAUAAAGUUGCUUGUAGAUUGAAAGAGACACCCAUUAUUGGAUUUCUGUUUGAUAAGAUCCCAGAGGCACAUACACAAGCUCUUUUUGCAGAUUGUCAGCUUCAAAUUUGGGCUGUGGAAGCUCUCUCAAGACUAGUUGUUUCAUCAUAUACAGAAGACACAUAUGGUGUUGUACAAAAGAGUCUUCCAAAAAUUUUCAUCUCUUUUGUGAAUUUGCUUCAGGCUUUGGAUCAACAUUCAAAGCUCUCCUUGGCCUUAAUCUCAAAACCUGAGAUUCAGCCCAGACCUCCCCAGCCACAAGGGUAUCAAUUGAGAGCAACCCUUGUGUCUUCGAUCUACAGAAUAACCAAUAUUUUCCAUGAACAUUUGAGGACUCUACCCAUGGCUGUGGAACAUGAAAAGAAACUUGAAUCGUUUUUGAUGUUCAGAGAGUAGGACAGACCAUUCAUGUACAUUUAGAAAUUGAAUCAUAGGUAUAGACGCUAUUUUUAGAAUCCUUUUCGGGGCAGUGUUUUUCCCCUCCAAAAAUUGCUGUGUUUGUAAAGGAAGCUUUGUCUAAAGUGUUAAAGAAGUAUAAUGUUUUAUCUGCAACCAUUGGAUUAAUAUUGGAACUUGAUAAAACCACUUGCACGACUAUUUUCUCCAUUUCUUUGUGAGAGCCGCUCGAUUAUGGGUUUAAGAGAAAAUAGUCCUAUAAAAAAAUUGAUGUUGAAAAUUAGCGUUAUAUGAGAGGUUCGGACUGCACUACUACUUUUUGCAAUUCCUCCCUUAGAUUUUCAACAAAUAGGUAUUUGUGAGUUAUUAUUAGAAGGUGUGGUUAACUAAGUGUUCUUUGUCAAUUAUGUAAUUAUCAUUAGCUAGUUAUCUUCAUUGAAUGAACAAUUAAACGUGCAACAGUA